GUGGCCAUCAAACGCGUGCCGCGGGAUCGCAUCCGGCACUGGGGCGAGCUGCCCGACGGCACCAGCGCGCCCCUGGAGAUCGUGCUGCUGGCCAAGGUGUCCUGUGGCUGUGCUGGUGUCAUUCAGCUCCUGGAGUGGCUUGAGCUCCCCGACAGCUUCUUGAUGGUGCUGGAGCAUCCGGAGCGGUGCCAAGAGCUCUCGGAUUUCCUGGUGGAGCGGAGGUUCCUGCCGGAGGAGGAGGCGCGGGGGCUGUUCCGCCAGGUGCUGGAGGCCGUGCGGCACUGCACCAGCUGCGGGGUCCUGCACAGGGACAUCAAGCCCGAGAACAUCGUGCUCGACCUGGCCAGCGGGCAGCUGAAACUGAUCGACUUUGGCUGUGGCGCCUUCCUCCAAGACACAGCCUACACCCAGUUUGCAGGUGAGCCCUCGCAGGGGAUGCUCCUGGGCAUCUCAUGGCCCAGCCUGGGUGUAGCACUGGCGCUUCCCCCUACUGCAGCUGGGAUGGGAUUAAUGCUGAAGCCAAGUUGA